GUCGUGAUAGCGCAGAUUGCCGCGAAGCGCCGGGCGGCUCGGGUGGCGGGAACACUGGCGAGGAGCUGCCCUGGGGGGCAAUGGGCGCUGGUGACGGCAGGCUUCGCCCGUCGCGUCCUCAACGACGUGGCUGCCGUACUGAGAUCCGGCGAGUACGAAUCCCCCUACCUGGAGCCUCUGCCGUACGCCGACCCUCUGGCUGCGCUGAGCGCCAUGCUGGCAGACGUGCUGUGCUGGCCGGGGCUGUUGCAGCUGACGUCCCCGCCCCCACAUGCUCCGCUUCCUCCGCGGAAGAACCCAGCAGCUGCCGUACGGCAUGACGUUAACGGUGGUGGUGGCGGUGGUGGUGAGGCAGCUGCAAGGGCGGUAGCUGGCGAGGAAGAAGGCAGUGGAGCUGGAUAUGAUGAGAGGCGGCAGGGGGAGCAGCACGGGGGUACUCGGGAGGAGGAGGAGGAGGUUGAGGAAGAAGCAUGCGGCGCUAGCCCUGAGGCACGGGAGCGGCAUCGGGCGGAGGUGCUGGCCCUGUUGCAGGAGCUGGUGACCUGGCUAGACCUCGCAUGCAGCAGCAACUGUGAGGGCAGAGGCGGGGCCGCUGCUACUGCUGCUACGUCUGCUGCUGCUGCUGCUGCCGGUGGUGGUGGCGUGCUGCCCCCUCAGGACGCGGCGGUGGUGUCGCUGGGCUGCUUUGCGGCGCUGGUGGUGGCGGAACCCUCCGCAGCGGCGGCCCUGGAGCGGGUUACCAACAUCAGGUGGUACCUGCACAACUUGACUGGCACAACCCUGCCGGAGGAGGAAGUGGAGGGUGGAGUGGGAGAGGGGCCCGAUGCGGAGCCCGCAUCGUCGCCAUCCCCCGCACCAAAGCGGCGGGCAGCUGCCGACAGCAGCACCGCGCAGCACACCUCGUCUUCCAAGCAGCGGUCCUCACCCAAGCAGCAGCAGCAGCAGCGCCGCCGACAACAGGGGUCACCGCAGUCGGUCAUGGAGCCCCAGCAGCAGCAGCCCCAGCCUCAGCCCCAGCAGCAGGAAGCCCCGCAGCCCCCGCAGCAGCACUCGGACUUGCUGCUGGACCUGGCGAGGGCUGUGCUGGGGGCCAUGGAGCGACGUACGACAGCUGCCUGAGGAGGAGGAAUCCAACGCAUGUGAAGCCGCAAGCGGAACGCAGGGGCGUUAAACCCCGUGAGGGGGGAUGCAUUGCCUUGACAUGUGCCAAGUGGCGUCCAAGGUGUAGUAUCAGCCGCCGUUUAGGCUGCGGGAUGCGGGGUGCAACUUGUACGUGGGAAUCUGUGAACGUGGGUACCGAUAGUAACUCCUGGGCUCCUGCACGGGCCAACUUGGUUGUAGGAGAGACGGAGUCAUAGGAACGAACAGAUCACCUGUAAGUGCUACGUUUAGGAAUUGCAGGAUUUCUUCAUGAAUGAUAGGCUUAGAAGGUCGGAAGCGUGUGCAACGUGCGGUUGUUUCCUAUCCUGGCACUGACAACUUUAGUAAGCUAUGACAAAUGCCACGGGCACUUGUAAACGGAUUGUUAAAACUUAGCCCUUGGCCCGUUAUUCUUUUCUUAGGUAACUUGAGGUGCAUUGUUCAGCUGUAUUGUACAGCAACGACACGGG